AGUAAGAUAAAUAUAUGUUGUGUGAUGAUUUUUUUGAGGGACCCUUUUUAUGCUUGAUUGAUCAUUAUUUGACUCUUCUAAUUUGUUCAAAUUUGAAUACAGGUCAUGGUCUAAAAGGCUUACAGGGUCCAAGUCCAACAACUAAUAACUAUGGGUGUAUGUAUACAUAGUAAAGCUUAUUAGUUUGUAUGAUAUACAUAUUUACAAAUACUAAUGUAUAAACUGUGAUGUUUUAGCAAAUGAAUUUCGGGGAGAUAUGUCAUCAUCUAGCCGAAAUACCCUGAGAUCAAAGUUUGACUCUACAGUUAUCGAGCCUAAACAGUUAUUUGAAACUGAUGAUGUCAAUUCCCAGGAAGGUAUUUUGUUUUUUUUAAUUUCUAUAUUUUAAUUCAGAUCAUGAUGAACACUUAUUUAACUUAAUAAAUUUAUCAAAAAAAUGCAGAAGUUGCUGAAAGACAUUAUAACCAGGAAUAUGAUUUAAGCAGUGAAGACAGUGGUUCAUCUUCUGCUCUUUCAACUUAUUCAGAAUAUUUGUUCAGGGACGUCGAUUCAGAAAAGUUCGACUUUCAGUCUAUUGUUAACAAAAUAAAAGCUCGUGAUGCCAAAAGAGAGGCAAAUAAACUAAAUCGCCCAUUGGAUGCAUCUCUGAAAACAAUUCGUAAGUUACAUUACACAACCUAUUAAAUAUGUGUUUUCAUAUAUAUUUUGUUUGAAAACUCAUACAUUUCUGUGUCUAUUACAGCAUAUAUUGAUGAGGGUAAUCCUACUUUCAAAUGUGAGUAUUGUAAAGCCAAAAUGUGGUAUGGUGAACGGAUAGACCGAAAGACAAGAACAAAGAAAAAUCCUAUUUUUUCUCUAUGUUGUGGACAAGGACAAGUUAAGCUGCCUAUGUUGAGAGAGAGUCCUUUGGUUAUAAAGGAACUCCUUUAUGGAAAAGAUGAGAAAAGUAGAUACUACCAGAAAAAUUUAAGAGCAUUGAACAUGUUGUUUUCGUUUACUUCUCUCGGUGGAAAAGUUGAUCGCUCUUCUCCUAAUGGUGUUGGUCCAAAAACCUUUACACUUCAAGGUGAAAACUACCAUUUGAUGGGCAGUAUGAAACCAGAUGAGGGUGAUUCGGCAAAGUUUUCUCAGCUAUACAUCGUUGACAUUGAAACCGAGGUUGAUGAUAGAGACUCGAUUAUGAGGUAUGUACGAGGAUUUUAAAGCGAUGAUCUAUACUUUAUAUGAAACUGGCGUGUUUAAUGAUCUACUGGCGUGUUUAAUAAUAUUUUUGACCCGUUUUUCCUUUCAGCAAGUACAACACGGAAUCAGAUAAAUCAAAGAAGCAGGCAUUGAGAAAACAUAUUAUUGAAGAUAUUAUCAAAGUUCUGGAUGAUGUUAAUCCUUAUGUGAAGAAGUUUCGUCAGGCACGUGAGAGAUUGAGCAUGGAACCUAAUGAAAAGUUUCAUAUGAGGAUAGUGAGCAAUCGUGAAAAGGAUGGACGGACGUAUGAUACUCCAAUCUCAUCUGAAGUUGCUGCUUUGAUUCCCGGAGACUUCAAUAUGGAAAUGGACAGGCGUGACAUCGUUUUACAAGAGAAACAGACAGGAUGGUUAAAAAGGAUUAGUGAGAUACAUCCUUCUUAUCUUGCACUUCAGUAUCCGCUUAUUUUUACAUAUGGAGAAGAUGGAUUCAGGCUUGGAAUUAAAAAGAGAGAUUCUCCUGCUACUGAUAAGCUAAAGAGAAAGGAUAUAAGUAUGCGGCAAUGGUUUGCUUUUCGUCUAUUUGAGAGGGAUGGUGAAUGUCAAACUCUUCUUCACUCAAGAAAAUUAUUUCAGCAGUUCUUAGUUGAUGCUUUCACAACUAUUGAGACUAACCGUCUAUGUUUUCUAAAGCUUAAUCAGAAAUGUCUAAGGUCUGACAGCUACGACUCGAUUAAACAGGCUGAAAACAAUGGGCAAGUUGAUAUGAAUGAUCAAGGUGCUCGAUUUUUUUUGCCAGCUUCUUUCACCGGUUCACCAAGAUACAUGAAGAAUAACUAUCUAGACGCAAUGGCCGUUUGCAGGCAUUUUGGUUUCCCUGAUCUGUUCAUCACAUUUACGUGCAACCCUAAAUGGCCAGAAAUUACAAGGUAUCUCACACAGAAAAAUCUGAAUACAGAGGAUAGGCCAGAAAUCAUUUCUCGAGUUUUCAAGAUGAAGUUGGAUUCACUUAUGACAGAUUUAACUGAUAAUGAGAUACUGGGAAAAACAGUGGCAUCAAUGUAUACAGUUGAAUUCCAGAAACGUGGCUUGCCGCAUGCUCACAUUUUGUUAUUCAUGCAUCCCAGUUCUAAGUUGUCUACAACUGACCAUAUUGACCAGACCAUUUCAGCAGAAAUUCCAGACAAAUCUGAGGAUCCAGAACUCUAUGAAGUGGUUAAAGACAUGAUGAUUCAUGGGCCUUGUGGAGUUGUCAAUACGAAAUCACCAUGUAUGGAAAAUGGAAAAUGUUCAAAGCUAUAUCCGAAGGCGUUUUCAAGCAGGACAACUGUUAAUAAAGAGGGAUUCCCGGUUUACAGGAGACGUGAUAAUGAUCAUUUCGUUGAGAAAAAAGGUUUCAAGUGCGACAACAGAUAUGUUAUACCGUAUAAUAGAACUUUGUCUCUUAUGUACAGAGCUCAUAUUAAUGUGGAGUGGUGUAAUCAAUCCGGUUCUAUCAAAUACUUAUUCAAGUAUAUCAACAAGGGCCAGGAUCGGAUCACUGUUGCAGUUGAAGGACCCAAAGAGGGAGGUUCUUCGGAUAAUACUGAUGUGAACCAGAAAGGAAAACAGGAGAAAAAUGAAAUAAAAAAAUUUUUCGAUGGCAGAUACGUCUCGGCAUGUGAAUCUUCAUGGAGAACUCUAAAGUUUCCUAUUCACUACAGAUCAGUGGCAGUUGAAAAAAUUCAGUUUCAUUUACCAGGAAAGCAGAUAAUCAUCUUUAAAGAUGAUGACACUUAUGAGGAAGUAACAAGUCGUAUGCUAAUUCAGAAUACCUAUCUCCUGGCCUGGUUUGAGUUGAACAAGGUCAGUGAAGUUUCUAGGAAGCUAACAUUAGCUGAGAUUCCAACAAGGUUUAUAUGGAACAAAAAAGAGAGAAAACUGCAAGAGAGAAAACGAGGUUUCAGCAUUGGGAGAAUUAAUUAUGCCCCAAAGAAGUUCGAGGAAGCAUAUUAUCAACGUGUGUUGCUGAAUAUUGUUCGUGGACCAACAUGCUUUGAAGACAUAAGGACCUACAACGAUGUGCUAUACCCUUCGUUCAAAGAAACAUGUUUUGCUCGUGGUCUUUUAGAAGAUGAUCAAGAAUACAUUGACGAUAUAAUCAGGUCAAGCUAUACGAGCAGUGCAUCUGUUCUACGACAUGCCUUUGCGGUAAUGCUCAUGUCCAUGACUUUGUCAAUGCCAGAAAAAGUUUGGGAAAACACAUGGGAGUUUCUUUCAGAAGACAUACAAUAUAGGCAGAGGAAAAAUCUUAACCGACCAGGUUACUUUUAUUUUACAGAAUUAUGCCUAACCGAUGCUGAGAAAAAAGAAGGAGCUUUAUUGGAGAUAGAGAAAAUAUUGAAAAGCAAUGGAUCUUCACUGUCAAAUUGGAACAAAAUGCCAAAGCCUUUCUGUGAUGCAGAUGAUAGUCAGAAUGUUCUGAUUCUUGAUGAGCUGAACUACAACCGUGAAGAUUUAAGAGAAGAACACGAUAGGGACAUCGUAAAGAUGACAGAUGAGCAGAGAAAGAUUUACGAGGAGAUUAUGGAGGCAGUUAUAGAAAAAAAAGGAGGUAUUUUCUUUGUUUAUGGAUUUGGUGGGACUGGAAAGACGUUUUUGUGGAGAUUAUUAUCUGCUGCGAUUAGAUCCAGGGGUGAGAUUGUUUUGAAUGUUGCAUCAAGUGGUAUUGCUUCGCUUCUGUUGCAAGGAGGGAGGACUGCACAUUCUAGAUUUGGAAUACCAAUCGAUCCUGAUGAAUUUUCCCUAUGUAAUUUGACACCAGGCACCGAUUCUGCUAAUUUGGUUAAAGAAGCCUCACUGAUAAUUUGGGAUGAAGCACCGAUGAUGAGCAAACAUUGCUUCGAGUCACUGGACAGAAGCUUGGUAGACAUUAUGAAGAUAAAAGAGAAGAUGCCAUUUGCUGGGAAAGUUGUUGUAUUAGGUGGUGAUUUCAGGCAAGUACUGCCUGUUAUUAAUGGUGGUUCAAGGGCUGAAAUAGUGAUGAAUUCUCUGAAUCGGAGCCAUCUGUGGAAACAUUGCAAAGUCCUCAAACUAACAAAGAAUAUGAGAUUGUUGUCGACUGAUAUGACUGCUGAAGAGUUGAAGGACCUAGAGGAAUUUUCUAAAUGGAUAUUGGAUGUUGGCGAUGGAGUCGCUGGUGAGCCUAAUGAUGGUGAUGCACUAAUCACUAUUCCUGAUGAGUUUCUGAUUAUGGAUGCACAUGAUCCGAUAGAAUCGAUCAGCAUAGAAGUAUAUGGAGAUUCAUCAGCUUUACAGCAGCAAAGAGAUCCUAUUUUUUUCCAAGAGAGAGCUAUUCUCUGUCCAACUAAUGAGGAUGUGAACAAUAUAAAUCAACAUAUGUUGGAUAAACUAGAUGGUAAGUACAUUUUAAUCAAUUCAUAUAUUUUUUUCUUUGCAAAAUUAAAAACGUGUCUAAUAACUCAAAACUUUAAAAUAAUUUCAGGUGAGGAGAGAAUCUAUCUAAGCUCUGACAGUAUCGACCCAUCUGAUACACGUUCCGUUAAUGAUCAAGCUCUCACACCAGAUUUUCUUAACAGUAUCAAGACUUCAGGUUUACCAAAUCACAAUCUUAGGUUGAAAGUUGGAUGUCCUGUUAUGUUGCUGAGGAAUAUUGAUCAUGUUGGAGGAUUAAUGAAUGGAACUAGAUUGCAGAUUAUAGAUAUGUCAGAUUUCUGUGUCAAGGCGAGAAUCAUUACUGGAAAGAAAGUUGGGGAAGUUGUUUUGAUUCCUAGACUGACUAUUACUCCAUCAGACAAGAAGUUACCAUUCAAGAUGAGGAGAAGACAGCUUCCAAUUUCUGUGGCAUUUGCUAUCACUAUUAAUAAAAGUCAGGGGCAAUCUCUCUCACAUGUUGGAAUAUUCCUACCGCGACCAGUAUUUUCUCAUGGACAACUCUAUGUUGCUAUCUCUAGGGUCACAUCCAAGAAAGGUUUGAAGAUUUUGAUCGUUGAUGAGGAUGGAAAGCCUCAGAAACAAACAAGAAAUGUUGUUUUCAAAGAGGUGUUUCAAAAUCUCUGAGUAUGUUUUAAAUUUGAUUCGACAUUUAUUUUUAUUUCACAUAUUUCUAUAUGGUUCACAGAUAAGCGUGUGUGAUUACGCUCAGACAAUGUGGGAUUUAGGAAAAUUUCAGUAUAAUAUUUUCUUUUUUAUAUUACUCCUCAGUUACAUUCUUAAUGCAAUACUAAUAUGUCAGUUCAUUCCUAAUAUACCACAAAUAUGAGUGGAGUAGUA